AUGGCCGGUUUCCCAUUUAGCGAGUCGGAUGGGGUCCAGUAUGAUGGACCCACCUCGGGGUACCAAAUCCAAAUUGCGGACGUCGAGGCGGGACAUUGGCUCAUCUCCGAGAAACCCGAAGAUUUUCGGCAAGCGGUUGUCAAGUUCUUGGGAUCACAAUAA